AUGGGUACUGCUGUAUCAAAACAUCGCGCUGGCCGCCCUAACAACUGGCUUUUGCAAACACUAGAAAACCAUGAAAGUGGCAUUAACUGUAUGACGUUAAGUGAUGACACUAGUGUACUGGCAACGGGCUCGGACGAUAACACCAUACGAUUAUGGAGCACAAGAACUGAAUCUGUGGAAUAUCUCACUGUUCUUGCUGGUCAUGCGGAUUACAUCACGCAUAUAGUUAUUCUGGAUAGUUAUUUAGUUAGCUCAAGUGCUGAUCACACUAUUCGAAAGUGGGACAUGCCAAGUGCACGAUGUGUAUUUAUUUGCACUGGCCAUACAUCAAUCGUUAAUCGAAUCACUUGUACCGAAGAGUUGAUUUUCUCAACGUCGUACGAUCGAACAGCACGCUGCUGGGAUUAUCGUACUGGAACUUGUAUUCGUACAUUUCACGGUCAUCAUCAUGGUCUCCUUCCGUUGUUAUUCAUCCCGGCAAAUCGCGAUGCGGAGGAAGAGAGUACAUUCGAAGAGGAAAUGAAUAUCUACACCAAAGAUAUUCUCAUUACUGGCUCGCAGGAUUUAACCGCCAAAACUUGGUCACUGAAAACGGGCGAUUGUUUGAAAACAUUCGAAGGUCAUAUUGGAGCGGUACUUUGUCUGGCAACCGAUGCUCAAGGGAAAGUGCUCUUCACAGGGUCAGGUGAUAAUACUAUUCGAGUUUGGGAUAUCUAUCGAGGAAAUGAAUUACGUAUUUAUGAUCUUCAUCAAGCACCCGUUAUUAAUAUUCUUGUCGCCAAUAAGUUAUUGUAUUCGCUCAGUGCUGAUCAUACUGUCCGUUGUUGGAUUAUAGAUGUUGGCGACUGUAUACGAAUAUACAAAGGCCAUCAUCAUUCAGUAUCAUGUAUUCAGCUUGAAAAUGAUCUCGUCUUUACUGGUUGUGGUGAUGCGAUUGUACGAUGUUUUGAGGCACGUUCGGGUGUUAUGAAACGUGCUUUCAAAUCGCAUGAAUUAGCAGUCAAUUGUAUACAGAUCGUUGACGAUCGAUUGUUUAGUGGAUCAGUCGAUGGAUCUUUGAAAGUGUGGGACAUAAGUGAUCUGAGAUCUCGUGCACCUCCUGAUCCCAAAUCAAAAGUUUCCGAUAAUAGUCGAGAGAAAACAGAUGCUGAAUCAGGUAUCGACAAUCAUGAGUACCGUGAGCGUCGAGUGCAAAACAUGGUGUAG